ACGUGAGCGCCAAGCUCCCGUGAUCCGUGCGUCCCGCGCCGUUUUGCCCACGGCAAGCUCCCACGGCGAGAACGUGCACCGCAUCGCUACCGUCCCAUUCACUGCUCUCUUAAUUCCAGCAAGGUGCCCUUCUUCUUCUGCUGCACUGUAAAAACCCGCCCAGCUCUUGCUUGCAGUGCCCAACCAUCCGCCGCCAUGCCUCCUCCUCCCAGCCAUCCCGGCGGCGUUGGGCCGUCGAACUUCGACAAGUUCAAGAUGGGCGCCCUGAUGGGCGGCACUGUCGGCAUGAUCAUCGGCUUCAUCUUCGGAACGGUCAACAUCUUCAGAUACGGCGCCGGGCCAAACGGCAUCAUGAGAACACUGGGCCAGUACAUGCUGGGAUCUGGGGCGACAUUCGGCUUCUUCAUGUCAAUUGGCAGCGUAAUUCGGUCCGAUGCUUCACCUAUCGUCCAGGAGGCCUACCUGCGCGCCCAGAGACGACCCAUCAUCAUGGCCUCGCAGGCCUUCCGCCCAUACCAGCGCGCUCGACGGGCCGGCGACGACUGAUCGGGCAGGCGCUCGGCGUUCGCGCGUUGCCCACGAAGGCGGUAAGCGGAAGGCGAUGUAACUGAUAUGUUGUACAUAGGGUUUGCGUGCGGGGCGAAAUGGGACGGCGUUCAGGAGGACCGAAAACAUACCUACGCAGUAUGCCUGCGGGAUGAUGUGUUAAUACAUGAUUUAGCAAACAUCGGCGGUCGUCAUACCCAGAAACGCCGUGUUCGAUCACCGCGCCUGGGCCCCCCGUCUUCCACUGCCUGCAAUCGGGUUCGGCCUUGG